CGCUGUGAGUACGACACCCACCAGGAAAGCAUCGUGGUCUCCAGGGGAUACACGAACUUUAAAAGGGCCGAGACGCGUUCACAACGAGGCGAGAGUUGGAUUUCACUCGGGCGAGAGAGACAGGAAGAGAGAGAUUCACGCGCACACGGCAGAGAACACAAUAAAUAGAUAGCCAUGCCCAAGCACUUGCCCUCGGUGGACACCCUGGAUAUGGAGAACCGAGACCCCGUCAACAUCAACGAGCACGUUCGAGUGCUCUUCGAGGACGUGUUCGCCGAGCCGGAGGGUUCGCACAGCAUCCCCGGCGUGUGGAGGUGCGCCUUCAGGACCUACAACGGCACCAAGUGGUUCUGCUACCUGCUGCUCUCCGUGCUGUGCGCCGUGCCGCUGUCGUGCUGCUGGGGCUGCGACUUCGCGUGCGCGCAGUUUUCCCACGUGUGGAACGUGACGCCGUGCCUGCGCAUGUGUCGCAUGAACAUGAUCUGCCUGCAGAUGUUCAGCGCCACGUGCAUCCGUUGCUGCCUCGACCCGGUGUGCGAGUCGUGCGCGCUGUGCUUCUCGAAGAUCAAGGUUGAGAAUGUCUAGCCCCGGGCGGCGAGGGCGAGGGUGGAUGUGUGGAUGUCUCGCCCGAGGGUGGUGGUGAGGGUGGAUGGAUGGGUGGAUGUCUCGCCCGAGGGUGGUGGUGAGGGUGGAUGGAUGGGUGGAUGUGUAACCCUGGGGGUGGGGGUGAGGGUGGGUGGGUAGAUGACGGAACGCGUUGCCGUUUGGUAAUAAUUCAAUCAGAGGCGGUAAAGGUGUUUACAUCUGUCUUGAGAAUUUACCCUCUUUAAACUGGCAUCUACCCCCCUCCCCCGCCUAGUUCUGGCCGUUUAACUUGCAGGUUCUGUUUAUUCAAUGGCUUUCCAUGCACGGCGGUGGCGCAUUGUUGGGAUCUACGGAUGAAAUGCGCCACUUUAACAAAUGUAAAUUAUCAUCAGAGUAGCAGCAGCUAUGGGGGGGGAUAAACAAAACACGGUUUAUGGCCCCAAGUAGCUCAGGGGGGGGGGGGGGGGGGUUGGGGGGGGCGUACCCGGAUUGGUGAAUGAAAUUACGAAUGCACCAAAUACAGGGUACUUCAAAUAAAUGUUAACACUUCCGAUAAUUUGCAAGAAUACCACAAGAAAUGUUGUGCCUCCGGGCUCUGGAGACCACCUGGAGAAGAUUCCAGGAAUAUGUUGAUAAUGGUGGCGAACAAGUGGAGACUGUUUGACUUUUUGAAGCUAUUAACAUUACAUGUGUUAUCAUGUUGCAGUGUAUUAUCCGUUAUUUUACCAUUAAAAACGAUAAUCCCCUAUAAGUGGUAAACAUAGUUAAGCACCCUGAACUUACCGCGUGAAUGAAAUUACGAACCCACCAUGCAAUUAUCGCGUGUGUAUCGGCUCAGAUUUGAGAUCACAAAUAAACACUUGAAGCCAA